AUGGCUUCCGGUGUUCCAGGUGCCGCUAUCUCGAAGCGCAGAAAGUUUGUCGCCGAUGGUGUUUUCUACGCCGAAUUGAACGAGUUCUUCCAACGCGAGUUGGCUGAGGAGGGAUACUCCGGUGUCGAAGUCCGUGUCACCCCAACCGUCACCGACAUCAUCAUCCGCGCAACCCACACCCAAGAAGUUCUCGGAGAGCAAGGACGCCGCAUUCGCGAACUUACCUCCCUCAUCCAAAAGCGCUUCAAGUUCCCCGAGAACAGCGUUUCCCUCUACGCCGCCAAGGUCCAAAACCGUGGUCUCUCCGCCGUCGCACAAUGCGAGUCCCUCAGAUACAAGCUCCUUAACGGUCUUGCCGUCCGCAGAGCAUGUUACGGUGUUCUCAGAUUCAUCAUGGAGUCUGGUGCUAAGGGUUGCGAGGUUGUCGUUUCUGGAAAAUUACGUGCUGCCCGUGCCAAGUCCAUGAAGUUCACUGAUGGUUUCAUGAUCCACUCCGGUCAACCAGCUAAGGACUUCAUUGACCACGCUACCCGUCACGUUCUCCUCAAGCAAGGUGUUCUCGGUAUCAAGGUCAAGAUCAUGAGAGGUACCGACCCAGAAGGAAAGUCUGGCCCAACCAAGGGUCUUCCAGAUUCCGUCACUAUCAUCGAGCCAAAGGAAGAGCAAAGUGUUGUUCAACCUAUGAGCCAGGAUUACGGUGCGAAGGCUGCCGCUGCUCAAGCAGCUGCUGAGGCCGCUCGCUCAUCGGAACAGGCUGGUGAAGAGUCUGCCCCAGUUGCUGCUGAGGAGGAAUAA